AUGUCGAUAUACGUUGGAAUUGCUCUUGGUAAUAUAGUGACAUCUGGGGUAACUUCCUGGGCGGGUGGUAAGACCAUCUUCCUUGUUGAGGCAUGUUUGAUGAUACCAGUAAUAGUACUGUGUGUGAGAUGGCAGUGGAGGUUUUCGACGAAUGCUCACCAGUAUACGGAGCUCAAUGCUUCGACUACGAGCCUUAUUGGUGACAUCAAGCAAGUCCUCAUGUCGAGGCCGUUUGUACUCAUUUGCCUCGGAUCUGCUGCCUUCAACUUCGUAGCUGGUGGUCUGGCAGUGCACGGCCCCACGAUACUGCGGGAGUCUCUCCAAGCCAGCCAGGCUGUUGCCACACUGGGGCUGGGCCUUGCUACUGUAUUCACAGGGGUAGUGGGGACGUAUUUUGGCGGUUGGCUCAGUGAUAAAGUAGCUGGAAAGGAUCCAAGUGCAACUACUCGAGCCAGGAGUGGGUCUAAGAUAUCCUCCGUGAUGAGCGCUAUAGGGGCACUAUCGAUUGCUUUGACAGCAACGGCCAAGUCGACCUGGGCCUUCCUUCUUAUGAUGUCAGUCGCUCUGUUGGCAUCAUUUGCGACUACAGCACCGAGCAACGUUGGGUAGUGGUAAUGGAGAUAGCGGUAUCGGAGUCGUUGCUCUGCUAAUGAGCACCGUUCCUGAGGACGUCCGGAGCCAAGGCCUAGCUAUAGCGACUGGAGUAAGCCACCUUAUCGGGGACU